CACACAUUGAUGAAGAUGCAGACGACCAUCUUUGUUUGCUUAAUUUACACUCUAUUUUGACCUAUAACAGCACUCAUCUCUCCUUUGUGUGUGACUUGCUUCUUCUCUAAAUUCUCUCUCUUAAUUUCUCUAGCUCCUCUCUUCUAUAUAUUUGUCUUCAUUUUUCUUGGUGAAGAGAGAGAGAGAGAGAGAGAGAGAGAGAGAGAGAGAGAGGAUGUUAGUGUCACAGAGAUACUCUCAAUCCGAGAUCUCCCUUCAUACAACCAAGAAGGAUUGUUGGCUGGUCAUCCAUGGAAAGGUUUAUGAUGUAACUACUUUUCUGGAGGACCAUCCAGGUGGAGAGGAUGUUCUCCUGCAUGCAGCAGCCAAUGGAGAUGCAACUGAGUCGUUUGAGGAGGUAGGCCACAGCUCCACAGCGACUAGCAUGAUGGAGGGCUACUUCAUCGGGACCCUAGAAGGACACGCGGCGAGCAGUGAUUCUUCGUCAGGAGCCCCUAGUGGUGGAGCUCUAAGGAACAAAGCUUUGCUAGAGAAGAAGCAGCCACCUUCUUCUGGCUUCUCUGGCUUUCUCCUGCCUCUGCUUGUGCUUGCAUUGGCCUUCGCAGCUUGGUACUAUCUCACUUACAUCAAUGUCAAGGCUUAAGUGAUUCUUUUUUGUUGGCCUAUGUUUGUUGAAGAUUGGAUAUUUUUGGUACUAGUGUUUGCUGGUUCAUCAUUCUUCAUGUUUGUGGCAAGUCUUAUCUAAUCAGAGCAAUUUUCUCAUCACUA